AUGAAAGUGAAAGUGUUUGGUCGCUUCAAAUGCAAGCUUUUCAAUCCAUGCAAGAAAAUAGCAAGGUUGUUCAAGUUCAGACUCAGAAAGCCCCUCUUUAUAAGAAGACUUAAGUUUCGCCGUUCAGUACAUAAGACUGAACGGCUAAGAAGAGUAGAGAGAGAGGAGGACCAAGUCAUGGAGCUCAAGAGUUUCUCAGAAGUGGAACUUCACAACAAAGCACCAUUUCCAUCACCUCUCACCCCUGCUUACGUGAGAUUGAGUGCAGCAACUAGAAAAGAUGUGCCAGUUCUGGACAAUGCGGAAGAUGCAUGCAGGAGCUUUGAGAAUUAUCUGGUGGAAACGAUUGUGGAAGAGGGGAAAAUGAGGGAUUUGGCAGAUGUGGAAGAGUUGUUAUACUGUUGGAAGAAUCUCAAAAGCCCCGUCUUUAUUGAACUGGUGAGCAGGUUCUAUGGAGAGCUAUGCAGGGAUUUGUUUUCCAAUAGCUACGAGGACAAUGUUAACACCCCAAAGAGACUCUUAUAA